AUGGACUACAAGCUCCACCCCACCGGCUGGUCGUUCAGCGGCCCCGCCGGCACCGCGGCUCAGGACCCCAUCUACAGCUUCAAGCGCUUCAGCGAGCUGUAUCUGAAGGCGGAUUCGGAGUACAAAGGGCGCUAUUCGGUGCCUGUACUUUGUGACAGGGAGGAGGAGACGAUUGUUAACAAUGAGAGUCCUGAGAUUGUGCGGAUGAUAUACAGUGGGUUCUGGGUUCGAUUCCCUGCUGCCGUUGGAGAUGAGUGA